AAAUCAAUGCUCAUUUAGAUGAGCUCGAAAAAAAAACAUUGACAGAAAUGAAUACCUUAGUCACUACAGUAAAGUCUUACAUUCAGACUAAAAUUGACGAGUGUAAAAAGCUUAAUGAACAGAUGCAAGAUCUGCAAUCGGAGAUACAAAAUACAGGAAACAAGACUGAAGUCAUGUCUUAUUUACUUUACACAAAGUGUGUCGACCACCUCGCUACCACAGAGUCUUUUCUUCGGGAAGCAACAUUUCGCAAUGGAACAACACUAGACGUUGAAAUGUAUACAGCGAUUGAUCAAACAUUGUCAUCAUUUCCAGGUUUGGGAAUGGUUAGUAAAGGUAAUUGUAUACCAAAGCACACAGUGGAAAUCCGGGGUAAUUCCUUUCCAUGUUCAAUAUCAGGAAUUUGCGAGACAGCUAAUGGGGAACUGAUUGUUACAGAUUUUAGCAACAAAAAAGUUACGUUACUGAAUAAAAGCUACACAGUUGUAAACAAGUAUGGCUUACCUAAUUAUCCGUGGUCAAUGUGCCGUGUGAACUCAAAUCAGGUGGCAAUAGCUGUGGGUGAUAGUGUGUCCAAAAACGUAGUCCUAUUAGUGCAAGCAAUCAAUGGUGGGUUAAUAUUGGAACGGACUGAGGAGCUCCAACACAGACUGAUUGGCAUUGCAUGUAACGAAUGCUUUUUCUACAUAACAUCAGGAGCAGAACUGUUUCGCUAUAAUAUGAACUUUCAAAACAAAAUAAAGAUUUAUGAAGAUAACUCAAACAUCCAGACAGUUACAGCGUGUGCAGUUAGUUCAGACGGCCACAGGAUAUAUGUAGUAAACAGUGCCUGUGAUCAGCUGGUAACACUUACCAGGGAUGGCGCGGUGUUAUCAAUACUUGGUGACCCUGCACUACAAUUGGGAAUACUCCUACCUUCUACGCCAGGCGUCCUAGUUACAGACUCGGGCAAAGUACUGGUAUGUGGAAUCUUUUCCAAUACUAUCAUCGAGGUAGACAAAGAUGGGAUACAAAGACGCGCAGAUUUCCUAAAGGGAAAAUAUGUCAUCCGCCCAACAAGUGUCUGCAUUAGCAAAAUAACAGGCCAUAUUAUUGUUGGAAUGUAUAAUGGCGAUGUAUUGAUGUUUUAAAAACAAAUACUAUUGUGAACUUGUUAUGCAAAGCCAUGUUUUGCGUGAACACGACUGUUUUUUUUAAAUAAACUCAAAUGAUCUUCGUAGCUUCUGUAUACGAUAAACACGUCAUUUUAUUUGUAUUAUAUAUGUUUCUACUGACUAAAACGCUUAAACAGUAAAUUCAACUGUUUUUAAGAUCAAUCACUCAUAUUCGAUAACGUAACACGUGAUAUAAUGUAUUUUUUAGUAUUAGGGUAUUGUGUAAUAUUCUUCUAAAGUACUGUUUCUUUGCUGAUAUCGCAGCAAACUCGAAAUCCCCACACCCUCUCCAUCAAUUUUCAACUUGGUCAAUAGAAAUGAUCGCAAUCAUUAGGAAAUAUGUCUUGCACAAUUUAAUUCUUGUGCAUCUCCCAUGGUAGUUCUGUUUUCCGAGUUCGGUUCAUUACUCCGUUCUGUCAUAUCGCGAUUUAAUUUGGAAAAAAAGGCAUUUCAUACGUAUGCUACUGAUGCUUUUACUUUUGAUAUUGUUGUUGACAUAUUAAUUAACAUUUAAACGUAUUUAUCGUGUUCAAUGUUCUAUUUUAUAUUUAUAUAUUUCUGAGUUGCAUAUGUAUUUGAAUGUUUUGCAAUCAUUUGAAAAAUAACUACGCUUUGUAAGUUAUCUCAGUCAAUAUAUACUUCAAGUACGGAAAUAUUAAAACAUAAUAGUAUGCCUAAUGAGACAUUUGAUGUGUGAUUAGUGAUACAUUUGAUAAUGUGCUACAUUGCGCAUAUAACCAAUGGAAAAAGUAUCUGAAUACUGGCAAAGUGUCUUGCUCUAUAUGCUAGUAAAUAUAGUCACGUUAUUUUUUAUCUACGAAUCCUGACUCUGAAUACAUAUGUAAUCAAAGCGCUGAAGGUACUGCUGCUGUUGGCUAUUGUGUAAACAAAGGGUACUGUAGAACCGAUCUUUGGUAUAAACCCAGCUUCGGUCUGCCAAACCAAAGAGUUACCACAGUGCGUUACAGUGGUAAAUAUAUAUGUUGUUCCGAAAACAUCCUCAUUUCAUUAGAUCCAUCAUAAUAAUCAUAGUUGAUGUCAUAAUGAUCAUCUUCGUUGUCAUAAUUCAACAUCAUCAUCAAAGAUUCUCAUGUCUGGUAACUGAAUUAUUGAUUUUACAGUUAGCUUUAUGCUCGUAUAAUUGUGCUGUAAACAUAGUGUUUUAUAUGUGGAUAAUCAGGAUGAUAUGAUAAUAAUAUGAUGACGGAUUAGGUAUUUAUGAAGGGAACAUUUUGAUGACGAAGGCGAUGGGGAUAACGGUGGUGAUGGAAUAAUGGUGUUGCUGUUAUUGAUAAUGAUAAAAGAACAUGAUGGUUGGGACGAUGGUUUUGGUAGUUGUUGUUCAUGUUAAUGAUGAUGGUUAUGUUGUACGGCUGAUGAUGGUGAUAGUGAGGAAGAUUAUGAUAAGGAUACAACAGGAAACUAAUGAAAGGGAAUAUUAUCUCUUUUAUUGUACGAUCACUUAAAGUCAACAUAGAAUAAAAUGCAUGGUGUUCGAUUCCAUGGUCUGAUUGACAGCAAAGUGCGCUUCAAAUGUAACGGAGUUGAACACCAAUUAAAGGUUGACACCACCAAAGUGUGGUUCAAUAGGAAACACUUCAGUAUCUGUGUGUUGUUGUUGUGUUGUGGUUGUUGUUGUUGUAUUCACUAAUAACCACACUCAUUGAAAUUAAACGCUUUACUUUAAGAACAACGUUGAUUUAAUAAAUUGCUCUUCAAGGAAUUAAUGUGCUUAUUUUCAUUGUGAUUUUUUUUUCAUGUUCAUACUUUUCUUUUUUUUAUUCUCAUACUUAAAAUGAAACAGUGUUUGCUUUUAUAAAUGCAUUUGUUACAGUAAUUUAGAACAUGAACUUGCAAAAUUUCAAGUUUGUUCGAUACAGAUCUAGUGUCGGUCUACACAGAGACAUGAAUCACAAUUUUGUGACGAUUGUAUUAAUUGUUCUAGAAAUUAAUCAGGCUUUAGAAAUUGUUUUUUACAUAUUUUUUGCAUGUGACGUUCUUUGAUAAAACAUGUGAUUUUCACACACAGAAAAAAUAUUUCUUUGCGCGUGCUUGGAAUUCUGAUAAUUAAAUGUAUUUAAUUUAUAGUUUGUAUAUAAUUGUGUAUGUUUUAUUUUGCAAAGGGUGAGAUCAUUGAUAUUGUUUCUUAUGAAGCUUGAAAACAUUUUGUCUGCUGCUCCAUUAUGCUUUUGUUCAAAAACAUUACUAUGAACAAUGUCAAUAAUGUAGCAGGAAUGAUUAUUAUACAUUAAGAAGUCUAUUAUACAAUCAAUUGUCCAGUCUUAUUUUAUCCUUUAACCGGUCUUUACUAGUGUACUUAAUGUGCUGACCAUUUAUUCCUCAUGGACUUCAUGGUGAAUACUUACAUAAAUAGGAGGAGGCCCAUACAUCUCUUUUUGUUUGUGUGAACCUAAUGCAUUAAACCUUUUAUUAUUGUAACUUAGUUCAAGUAAGCGCAGGGCCCCCAUUGUGUAAAUGCCUGUUAAGGUAUAUAACCAUGUGAUUUUUAUGCCACUUCGCUUUUUUCUCACACGAACACUCAAUGCAGCUCCUGCCCACGUUCAAGGGAACAAGUCAGUAAGACAUUUUAUUUUAUUGGUUUAGAUUCUAGUAUUUAGUUAGUUUUAUUAUUCUAAAAAGUCAAUUAAAACAAGCCCUGGUCUAUUAGUGUAUUUUAAUAUUUAUUCAGUUCUCUUAUCCAGUUAGUCAGUUAAAACAUUUAGUCUGUUGAUGUGUUUUCUAGAGUUUAGUAUUUGACUUGUACUUCCAAAUAAACUGCGUAUAAUUGCA